GAAACUGUGGUUAAGCUAUGUCACAAUUUCGAACAGUCUAAUGCAGAGCUCGCGUUUCGAUAGCGUGCCGGCGAUACGCGUGCAGAAGAUUUGUGAGGAAGAAAGGCAAAUUUGCUGAGAUAUUGCAAAAAAUUGCACGAAAGACAAAAGAAUGGCAGAUGCAAACGAAGCUGCCAGCAACGUACAGGUGGACCCGGUCGUGGUGGACCGGCUGCUGCUACAGGGUGCCACCCUGGUGUUUCUGGACGUGCCGCCCGGCACCGAGUUUGGCCUGGACAUGUCCACAAACGUGGUUGGGGACAAGUUUCGUGGCGUCAAGCUGAUCCCUGCAGGCUUGCAUUUUGUGCACUACAGUGCUGUGAGCAAGACUGGCACGGCAGCACCCCGCACUGGCUUCUUCCACUACUUUGAGAAAGGCGAGAUGCUUGUCAAGAAGUGGGACAAAGCCACUGAGGAUAUAUCAUCGGAGCCAGUGGAAAGGGAAGAGGUGGAACGUCUGCGCUUAAACUUGAGGGGUGACCUGGAUCAGUACCUGGCUGUGUUUGCGUACACCGAGUGGCGUCGCUGGAUAUCCCUGACGAAGCACGUCACCCGGGAGGUGCUGGAGCGACUGCAGCCAGAGAGGAGUGUCAUCUACUCGGCCACACCAUUUGAGCCGCUCAACUUCUGCUCACGGCGAGGUGGUGACCUGGCCUCCAUUGACUCAAGGGGGGACUGUGGCGAGGACAUCAGGCUCUCAGAGAGGGCCAAGGAACUCCUGGAGCUGAAGGAAGUGCCCGAGUGCAGGAUACGCUACACGGAGAUACCAAAGAAGAGGCACCCGAGCGAUGCGACACCGGCAGAGAUCACCAAACAUGGUAUGGACUCGAGCUAUGUCCUGGAGCAGCUGCUAGCUUCCUGGCCACACAAGGAGGACCUGCUCGGUGAACUGCAGUUUGUGUUCGUCUGUUUUCUGGUGGGGCACGUGUAUCCGUGCUUUGAGCAGUGGCAGAAACUUGUGCGCAUCUUCUGCACCAGCUGCGAGGCCAUCGACCGGCACCCCGAUCUCUUCAGUGACCUGGUCUCAGUGCUGCACUUCCAGCUGCGCGAGGUCCCUUGUGACUUUUUUGUCGACAUCGUGUCCAGAAAGAACUUUCUCACAGAGGCCCUGGCUGCACUCUUUCAAAACAUCGCAGAGUCGAGUCUGCCCGAUGAUUCCCCGACCACUUUGAAGAUGAAGGCCAACCGCUUCAAGAUAAGCCUCACCAAGUUGAUGGGCUGGAGCUUUGAGGAAGAGGUGCCCGAGGAAGAGCGUCCCGUUGUGGUGGAAUUGGCUGGUGGUAACUGAGAUGUGUUGCUGUGACUGUGGCAUGGGGGAGGGGGGUGGGCGAUUUCGGGAAGCUUUAGAAUGAAUGGACUUCAAAACAUGCCAAUACUGAAAAAGAAAAGCUAUCAACAGUCUGUGUUCUGUUUUACUUUCUUGUAAUGCUGGCCUCACUGCCCAUUAUUGUCAUAGCGGUGAUGCAGAAAUGACGGACCACCUCGUGGGACAAGUGUCCUGCGUCAUUUUUACACUACCACUACGACAAUACUUCAUGAACUAAACGACUGCCUAUCAGUAACGUGUAACUGCUCCUUAGAAAAUGGAGUGCUAUGUAAUCACUACCAAAAUUGACUUGAAUGGGCGGUCCAAUGUUACCAAAUAUGAAUGCUUUAAGCCUUUUUGUAACUAUGCGACAAACAUUUGCGACUAGCAACUGAACUUCGUGUGCUGGACACCCUGGCUAAAACUUUUUAAAGUGCUAGCUGGCAGAAUUAGCCUUAAAUUUUUCUACACUGGCAGCACAUUUUUAGUGUGUAGAUGUGAAACUCAUUGGUGGCGAUUCACUUGAUUGAGGCCAUUACAAGUGAGUUUAAUCAUUGGCUGUAUGUGUCUGGUACGUGAUAGAGAUUACAUGCUUUUAUGCAAAACAGGGGUUUCCUGACAAGAAACCUCUGUUGUAGCAUAUCAGAAAUACAAUUUGGACACCGAGGCAUUCUCGAAAAAAGUGAAACAUUGUGAUAACUGCAUAAGAAAUACUUUCUGAUAAAUGUGUUAUGAAGGAUGGGGUCUAUUGAAUGCAAAUGGGAAGUAUUGUUACUUUUAAAAUAAUUACUGUGCAGAACAACAGUGUCAAAAUUGUGUCGUGGUGAUUGUGUGACCGUCUUUUCAUUGAUUAUGUUCUAAAUACAAGAGAGAGAGAAGAAACUUUAAUAAUGAAUGGUCCGACAGUUUCGUUGUGGUGGCCUCAGGUGGCGGCUCGAAGUCCUUGGACUCGGGUGGCAUCUUCGGCUUGCCGGACGGCCCAGAGCUGGUCUGCCAACUCUGAACUUUUCAGAGCCGCCUCCCAGCGGCGGUGACGCCGAUGGAGAAGGUCCCCAACGGACCCCGCAGCGAGGGCGGCAUCGGGAAGAAGCGAGCUCGAGGCUUCCCGUACUGUGCUAACGGCCGCGAUUACGGACGCGUUGCGAACGGAGGUGGUCUCAUUACCGUGGUUGCCGGCACAUUCCCAGAGCAUAUGUCGCAGCGUUGCUCUCUGUCCGCAAGCUUUACAUGCACCGGUUGGAUAUAAAUCCGGGUAGCAGUGAUGUAGGACCGCGGGGCUAGGGUAGGUGUGUGUCUGGAGCAAGCGAAAAGUUAGGGCUUCAUUCCUGUUUAACUUAUUGUGUGGUGGCGGGAAUGUGCGUCCUGGAGUCUGUAGUGUUGGGUGACAAAUUCAGAGUUGGGCAGUCACCAUUCUUACAGGCUGCUGAUGCAUUUGUGUGUUGUCAGGCAUUGAAUGAGAAAGUUCGAGAGCUCACUUACCACUGUGUUCCCAUUAUUUUACUUUUUCACCUUGCCAAAAAAAAAAAAAAAAUGUUUUACUACACAGUAAAGCGUUGUGUAGAAUUUUCACCUAAAUCUGUUGUAGUAGUAGUACACAAAUAAGUGCCUUCCAUCUAUCUGCGAAUGUGUGCUACCAAAAGAGCUAUUUUUCUCUCUAACUCUUAUGUGCAGUUUGAAGAAGCAACUUUCUUAUUACUGGUGUGCUAUGCAGAAUUUUUUAAUGAUGGGACCAUGUACAAAGUAGAAAUAUUUAUGCAGUGUACAUUGAUUGCAUGUGUUUAAUUGAGAAGUGUAUAUAAGCUGAUUUUGUAAAAUGUUGACAUCUCAUCUGCAGUGAUCAUUGAGUGUAUUGAAAAUGGAUUUCUCAGUUAUCGCUACUCAACGCUUUGUCAACUUUGUGUUGUGUGCAAAUCAGUGGUUUGUCAGCUUCGUUGCAGUUUUAUUUCACAAUAGAGUUGCUGCGAUAGUUGCUUCUACGUUGCGGGCAUAAGCCCAAGUGUAGGUACACGUGACCCACCAGUGUACAUCGGCAGGCCAGUGAACGUUAGGCCAAAGUUUCCAAUAUAUUGGUCUAACUGACCAUAUGUGUACACUCAGUGUUUCCACCGUCUUAAUGCAAUAAAGCAUGUUCGUUCACUUCUAA